UCAGAGAUCAUUUCACUUUUUUUUCAGUCAUUUUACAUCUUAACAACAGGUAUAUUAUUCCUGGUCUGGACACAUAAGAUGCAAAACAUUUGAUUUUAAACGAGACUCAGAUGUAGUCCACUUGAAAGUACUCACGACAACCGUCUCUGUCAGUCAAAUCCACCCUAAUAGACCGCCGUCCAAUCAGAACGCUUCUUACUUUUUAACAGACUUUCGUGGCCAAUCGCGACCGGCCCUUGUUUUUUCACCUCUCCAGCUGAGGGGAGGGGAUGUGACCUUAUUUGGCAGUUAUGGCCUUAUAUGGAGCGCCGCCAGGGGGGCAGCCGUACGAAGCAGCCUGCUGGUAAUACUUUCGCCAAAUUGUAGCUUUGACUCUCAGAGGUGGAGCAGGCAGUUGACGGGUGAAGCGACAGCUCGAGCGGUUGUGUACUGUCUCCGUGUAAUCUCUCCUACACAGACGAUCACCGGGAAUAUUUAGGCUGCGUGUCGGCCCAGCAUAUUUCGCUGCUCACUGGCGUCGCUUUCCUAAAAGCCUGAUCGCUCUGAUCUCAAGAACAAGAGGAACAAGGAUCGCCGACUCCUCGGGACUGCGCUUUAUGCUGAUUCCAAGACUGAACUGGGACUAAACAAAUGUUCCACCUCGCGACAUGAAACGUGGUCAGUGUUAAAGUACGUGUGACAUUCACGAGGUAAAAUUGAUUUGGAGUGAAUGUAAAUGCAGUAGUGAACGUGGUGGGACAGACUGGGGCAACCCGCGGAGAGGCGAAAAUACUGUCGCGAGCUGCAGUAUAUCCCGUGUAUUUUGUCCACUUCUUAACGGCAGGCAAGACAUUAAUCCAACGUUGUAUUUUUACAGCCUGCACGCUGACUUGUUGGACUGACUUUUCCGAGAGGUUACACUCUGAAGAACAACGUGUUUAUGGAUUGCUGCGCAGCGAGGAACACCGGGAGUUGUAGGCUACGCGCUUAUGCAUCGAUCAUGUUGAUACCUCGCUGUUGCUGUAAACUUUGAUAGAUGUUUACAGAUAUACCUCAGUAAUCCUAUAGAGAACCUGUUUAAACAAAUUAGCUCAGUGAAGCUCAGAAUUGACCUCUGGAGGAAGUGGGAAGCACCUUUUCGCCCUCCCUCGGUUUUUCUCCCAAGACGUCAGGACGGAUCUGUAUCAUUGAGUCCGACUCUCCUUCUGUGAUUUAAACAAAGACCAAAGUGUUUGGGGAUAGCAUGGCAAUGGUAGUAAGCCAGUGGCCAGAGAACAUUUCGGCAGAUCCGGGGUCUCAGCUCCAGAUUUGCAGCCAGGAGCCCGGCGGGGCACCGGGGACUCCUAACGGUUCCACCCCGGGGAACGAUGCACUUUCCGGGGACAAGAUCCCCAACGUGGACUGCAUGGUGUGCGGGGACAAGUCCAGUGGGAAACAUUACGGUCAGUUCACCUGCGAGGGAUGCAAAAGCUUCUUCAAGCGCUCGGUGAGGCGGAACCUGUCUUACACCUGCAGGGGGAACCGAGACUGCCCCAUCGACCAGCACCACCGGAACCAGUGUCAGUACUGCCGGCUGAAGAAGUGCCUCAAAGUCGGCAUGAGGAGAGAAGCUGUACAGCGAGGACGUACGUCAAACUCUCAGAGCAGCCCAGGACAGUACCUGACCAACGGCACCGACCCAUACAACGGCCAGCCAUACCUCUCCGGCUUCAUUUCUCUGUUGCUGCGCGCCGAGCCCUACCCCACGUCUCGCUACGGAGCCCAGUGCAUGCAGGGAAACAACCUGAUGGGCAUUGAGAACAUAUGUGAGCUGGCGGCCCGGCUGCUCUUCAGUGCUGUUGAGUGGGCCAAGAACAUCCCUUUCUUCCCUGACCUGCAGCUCAUGGACCAGGUGGCGCUCUUACGCAUGUCAUGGAGCGAGCUCUUCGUCCUUAACGCCGCCCAGUGCUCCAUGCCGCUUCAUGUGGCCCCUCUGUUGGCGGCGGCAGGCCUGCACGCAUCGCCCAUGUCGGCAGAGCGCGUGGUGGCCUUCAUGGACCACAUCCGCGUCUUCCAAGAGCAGGUGGAGAAGCUGAAGGCCCUGCAGGUAGACACGGCUGAAUAUUCCUGCCUCAAGUCCAUCGUGCUCUUCACAUCUGAUGCUAUGGGACUGUCAGAUGUUGCCCACGUGGAGAGCAUCCAGGAGAAGUCCCAGUGCGCCCUGGAGGAGUAUGUAAGGAACCAGUACCCCAGCCAGCCAAACCGCUUUGGACGUCUCCUGCUCCGCCUGCCCUCCCUGCGCAUCGUUUCCUCUCCGGUCAUUGAGCAGCUGUUUUUCGUUCGCCUGGUAGGCAAAACACCCAUCGAGACGCUGCUGCGUGACAUGCUGCUCUCGGGCUCCAGCUACAACUGGCCCUACAUGCCCACUGUGCAGCGCGAGCGGCCCAUCUCCCUCCACUACAACGAGAACGGGCCCUGAGGUGGAGAGGCAGACAACGGAGAAGCUGCAGGACAUAUUCAGGCUGAACGUCCAUUUGACUGUUCUUCCAUCCAUCCCUCUUUCCCUUCACUCUCUGACUUCAACUUCUCAGCUUUCCCUGAGGAAGCAUCUUCCUCACCAUUCCGCUCAAAACCCCCUACUGACAGUAUCAUCCGUUAUCGUCCAGGUUACAGAAGCCAGCCAAUCACUCACCGUGGCCAUUUCAGAGACUUGGUGGCCCUUUGCCGUCCGUCAGCCGACGGUUCAGUCUGCAUUUGAGAUGUGGCACGAGAUGGACAGGUUGGUAGAACGGGUUAUUGCGCAGUUCACCAGCAGGUCUGUUGGACUCAUUUCAGAUGUCAGUCUCAAACCCCAUGAACACAGGGGCAGCAAUAGACAAAACAUUCGCUCAAUUGUUGGUGCUGCACAAGCAUCCCAGCAAGGCAAAAACUGAGCAAGGGCUUUGCCAGUGGGACUCUACAACCAAGAGCACAAGGCCCAUUGUAUAUUUUCCAAUUUUUGAAAAGAAAGCCAGAAGCCAUUAAAAAAAAGAAAGACAAAUGCCAAAAUGUCUUGGACUUUUGCAAA